GAGAGGAACGAGGGCUCAUGUCAGGGUCCAAACGCACCACAGAGGUGUUCACAGUGGAGGAGGUGGCAAGGGAGGUGGAGGGAGCCCGCAGCAACAACACUAGGGGCAUGUAUGAGAGGUAUGUUCAGCCCUGCCUGGCCGAGCUGUUCGGGACCAGCCUGUUGGUGUUCGUGGGAUGUUCGUCUGCCAUUGGGAACCUGGGAACCGGCAGCGUCCUCCAGCCGGCUCUGGCCACCGGACUGACCCUGGGAGUGCUCAUCAUGGUGUUCGGGAAAAUAAGUGGGGGCCACUUUAACCCUGCAGUGUCUCUGAGCGUCUACCUGUGUGGAGGGAUGGAGCUGCUCAUGACGGGGCCUUACCUCGCGGCUCAGGUUCUCGGAGGGAUGAUCGGUGCUGCUUUGACAAAGGUCAUUUACCCCACCGACUUGUACGACGUGGCCCUCGGAGGAGCCAUUUUACCCGGCACCACCGACCUGGUUAAGGCCACGAUCGCAGAGAUGAUGCUGACCCUGAUCCUCACCACGGUGGUGUGUCUGGGCGAAGUCAACCAACAGACCCGCUCGCCGUCGGCUCCGUUCUGCGUCGGCCUCACGGUGACGGCCAACAUAAUAGCAGGAGGGAUUCUGUCCGGUUCCUGCAUGAACCCCGCCCGAGCCUUCGGACCUGCGGUGGCUGCCAACCAGUGGACCCAUCACUGGAUCUACUGGGUCGGACCCAUGGGUGGUUCACUGCUCAAUGUUAUCUUCAUCAGGUUGUUCUUUGGUGACCAGAAGACUCGUGUUAUGCUAAAGUGAACGUCUAAGGCAAAAAGGACGACCCGAUUCCCCAGUGACUUCAUUUUUGUUACCAUUAGUCUGAAAUAUUUAAAUUCUGUAUAAAUAUUGUAUAUAAACUAGGAGCAGCUCUAAAUGUCGGCUCUUACAAAAUCACACGUCUGUAUUUGAAGAUUCAAUAAAGUGGUUGAGGAUUUCACAGUGUCCUGAUAUUGCUCCACCUCACUUGGACUUGUGCAUGUGUGGCGAUUGGAAGAAGUCCAGAUGAUAAUAACACCCCAUGGGGUAUGUAGAAUUAAACACAAUGAUCACACUUUUGUGUUAUCUAUUUACAGUUUUCUUGUACUGAUUGUUUGGCUCAAAGUCCUGGAUGGAAAACUGUGCUUUGAUGCUGUGGUACAUCCGAGGUUGAUCCAGGAUAAGAGCACU